AUGCAUUCUCAUAAAAUGGAUAUCGCAAGCGACAAGCGACCACAUUUAUGGCAAUUUAUUAUCACGGACUUUUUAAUUGAUUAUGUAAUGACACUUAAAAGUGCUGAUAUGGUUGAUUGUUGCAUUGGCGUUUCUCGUUAUGCGUUAGAUAGACAUCGCCGUGUUCUCGUAUUCGCUCAUUUUACGUUCAUUUACAUUUGUUCUCACGCGUAA